CUGGGGAAGAUACCUGAUAGUGAUUAGUGAUCAGACUCUUCUGGGAGAGAGAGGGGGGCUGGCUUUCUGGAGGAGGUUGAGGAGGAGGAGGAGGCGAAGGAGGAGAGAGAGGAGAGAAAGGGGGGCUGGUUUUCUGGAGGAGGUUGAGGAGGAGGAAAAGGAGGAGAGAGAGGAGAGAGAGCGUGCUACCGUUCAUUUAGAGGCAGCAGCAAGAGACUGAAGCAUCGUCUGUCUGAGCUGAGGCAGGGCUGCAUGGAAUGGAGGAAAACUAGAGAGCAGCGCUGCUUGUCUGUCUGCCGACACACUGUCUGGACUCUCACGCUGCAUUCAGGAUAGAUUGUGUGUUGAGUGGAUGAUAGGAAUAGAGGAUGCAGGUCUGAUGUGCACAGUAUGUCUGUUUGUGAUCAUAUGUGAAUGGGUUUGUGUGUGUUCACUACAUCCAAGCAGGUGAGUGUAAUGUGUUCGCAUGUACACUGUUGUGCAUGUGUGUAUUUGUGAAAUGUGUAAGAUGAAAUGUGUGUGUUUGCAAAUGUGCAAAUUAGUUUCUAUGUGUAUGCAGUGCGUAUCUGUAUCCAUGUUUGUGUGUACAUGUAAGGUAUCUAAACUGAUGCAUACAUAUCCCAUAACUUCCUCUGUUUGUGCACUGUGUUGUGCUGUGUUUUCCUAGACUCUAGUUGUGUUGUAGUCAUGGCUGCCUGAGGGACUGCUCCCUGGCUGUGUGGAUCUGGAGCCCCCUCUGAUAUCAUGCUGAGAGUUGGGCCAGCGGCCACCACUCUACUCCUGCUGCUGUCAUACUGCUGCUGCCACCUGUGUCACUCUCUGGGGCCUACACCACCAGGCUGUCAUGGAUACCAGCAUGCCACAGAAGCCAGCUGAUGCACUGAUACAAUGAGGAAUCCCUAAACUGUCCUCCUAUGCCAAGACAGAGGACAAACUGUUCAAGAACCUCUUCAGAAACUACCAGAAAUGGGUGAGGCCUGUGGAAUACCUCAACGGCACAGUACGGGUCAGAUUUGGACUGGCCAUCUCCCAGCUAGUGGACGUGGACGAGAAGAACCAGUUGAUGACAACCAAUGUGUGGAUGAAACAGGAAUGGUUGGACAUGAAGCUACGCUGGGACCCUGAUGACUACCUGGGCAUCACUAACAUCAGAGUCCCCUCGGACUCCAUCUGGAUCCCAGACAUUGUGCUCUAUGACAAUGCCGAUGGACGUUUUGAGGGCUCUGUCACCAAGGCUGUUGUCAAGUAUGAUGGCACCAUCAUCUGGACACAGCCCGCUAACUACAAGUCAGCCUGCAUCAUCGAUGUCACCUUCUUCCCCUUUGACCUGCAGAACUGCUCCAUGAAGUUUGGCUCCUGGACCUAUGAUGGCUCACAGGUUGACAUCCUCCUGGAGGACUUCCAUGUAGAUAAGAGGGACUACUUUGACAAUGGUGAAUGGGAGAUAGUGAAAGCGACAGGCAGCCGUGGUCUGAGGAUGGACGGUCCCUGCCACUUCCCCUUCAUCACCUACUCCUUUAUCAUCCGUAGACUGCCGCUCUUCUACACCCUCUUCCUCAUUAUCCCCUGUAUCGGCCUUUCCUUCCUCACCAUCCUGGUCUUCUACCUGCCCUCCAACGGCGGGGAGAAGAUCUCCCUGUGCACCUCUGUGCUGGUGUCCCUCACCGUCUUCCUGCUCGUGAUCGAGGAGAUUAUUCCGUCCUCCUCCAAGGUCAUCCCUCUUAUCGGGGAGUACCUGGUGUUCACCAUGAUCUUUGUCACGCUCUCAAUUGUCAUCACCGUCUUCGCUAUCAACAUCCACCACCGCUCCUCAUCCACGCACCAAGGCAUGGCGCCCUGGGUGCGCCGUAUCUUCCUGCACAAGCUGCCUAAGCUGCUGUGUAUGCGCAGCCACGUGGACCGCUAUGCUACCCCAGGCGGGGCCAGGGAAGGACUGACAGGGAGAGAGUGGGCAGGACUGGCAAGAAGAGAGGGGGUAGUAGGGGGCAUUACGAAGGGUUGUUCACCAGAGUCCACCCCUCAUCUCUCCUCUAGGAAUAACCUGCAGGCUGCUUUGGAUUCUAUCCGCUACAUCACCAUGCAUGUGGUCAAGGAGAACGAGGUCAGAGAGGUGGUGCAGGACUGGAAGUUUGUGGCUCAAGUUCUGGAUCGUGUGUUCCUGUGGACCUUUCUCCUGGUCUCAGUACUGGGCUCUGCUCUGCUCUUCAUCCCUGUCAUCUACAAAUGGGCAAACAUCAUCGUCCCCAACCAUGCAGGUGGCAGCGGAUAAGACUAAACUGAGACUAAGUGCACUGAGCACAAUAAUUUCAGAGACACUACAGUCAGUGCAGAUAAAGAGACACUUACUCACGUGGGUGUGGGAGACCAGUUAUAAUUGCAAUGGAUUCUAGUUCCAUCAUGAUUUUUGAUUUGUGUAAAUUAAUGAGGGAUUAUUGUCUCUAUGUUGCUGUAUCUGUUUAUAGAUUAAAUUAACAAUCAAUUGUUUUAUAUUCUGAAAGGAGGAUACCUCCCUAUAGGCAUAUCUCACAAAGUAAAGUAUAACAAUGAAUACAA